UGUGAGCGGUUUAUUGUUGUUGGUGGGGGACCAGGGCCCGGCGCAGCGCGUUGGCGGCGGGGACAGGGUCUGUGAGCAGGCGAGGCGAGGCCGGGCCGCGCUGGGCUGGGCUCCGAGGGCACGGCCUGACACCGCCAUCCCAAGAUGAGCAUGCACGGCAAGAGGAAGGAGAUUUAUAAGUACGAGGCGCCGUGGACGGUGUACGCCAUGAACUGGAGCGUGCGGCCCGACAAGCGGUUCCGCCUGGCGCUCGGCUCCUUCGUCGAGGAGUACAACAACAAGGUGCAGAUCGUGGGCCUGGACGAGGAGAGCUCCGAGUUCAUCGCCCGCAACACCUUCGACCACCCGUACCCCACCACCAAGAUCAUGUGGAUCCCCGACACCAAGGGCGUCUACCCCGACCUGCUGGCCACCUCCGGGGACUAUUUACGGGUCUGGAGGGUGAGCGAUACAGAAACCAGGCUAGAAUGCUUACUAAAUAAUAACAAGAACUCUGACUUCUGUGCACCUCUGACCUCAUUUGACUGGAAUGAAGUGGACCCAAAUCUCUUGGGUACUUCCAGUAUAGACACCACAUGUACAAUCUGGGGUCUGGAGACAGGACAGGUACUUGGCCGAGUCAAUUUGGUCUCUGGACAUGUGAAAACGCAACUUAUUGCUCAUGAUAAAGAGGUUUAUGACAUUGCAUUCAGCAGGGCAGGAGGUGGUAGAGAUAUGUUUGCCUCUGUGGGUGCAGAUGGUUCCGUGCGCAUGUUUGACCUUCGGCACUUGGAGCACAGCACUAUCAUCUAUGAAGAUCCCCAGCACCAUCCAUUGCUUCGCUUGUGCUGGAAUAAGCAAGAUCCCAAUUAUCUGGCCACCAUGGCAAUGGAUGGAAUGGAGGUGGUAAUUCUCGAUGUUCGUGUACCCUGCACUCCUGUGGCCCGGCUGAACAAUCACCGAGCAUGUGUGAAUGGCAUUGCUUGGGCUCCGCAUUCUUCAUGUCACAUCUGCACUGCAGCGGAUGAUCAUCAGGCACUUAUUUGGGAUAUCCAGCAAAUGCCACGUGCCAUUGAGGACCCCAUUUUGGCCUACACAGCAGAAGGAGAAAUCAACAAUGUCCAAUGGGCAUCAACUCAGCCUGACUGGAUAGCUAUUUGCUAUAAUAACUGUCUUGAGAUCUUACGGGUGUAGUCCUGUUGACCCACACGAGUCAAGGGAGGGAGAUGGGGGCUAUUGUGUGUAUGUGCAGUGUGAAUGAGUUAAAGUUAAGGAUGUUUGUACAGAUUCUCAGUGUUGUGUUAUUGUAUACAGAGUGCAAUUGGCCCACUACGGGUCCAAAAUAACUUUUUUUGGGAUUCCUGAUUCAUUUCUCCCCCUCUUCCCCCUGUCAAAAUAAACACACCACUCCCUUUUAAAAUACUGCUGAAAUUCUAAGUAAACCCCUUUUCUCAAAGACCAUCUUGUAGCAAUCUUUUUAAGAUAUCAUUGUAAGUAAUACAACUUACAAUUGAGCUAAUAGCAACUGGGAUCAUUUCAGUUUCAGAAUAUUUGUUUUCUGAUCCAUUGCAUUAGGCAUUUACUGGACUCCAGUGUGGUGCACCGUGCCUCUGCAACUUUGAGCGACCCUUUGUGCUAGGAAUUAAGAAUUUGUUCUUUCAGAAAUGAAUAUUGAGAGAUACUUUGGCUUCCUAAAAGUAUCCCAAAAAUUUGUGACGAGAAUGCUGAGUGAUGUAGUCAGCAAUCAGUGCUUUUUGAGUGUGCAGUUCAGUUGACAGUUUGUAACCUUCUGCCCUCAUAAGCAUUCUGAAUACGUCUGACCAGUAUUAACAUCAGAACACUACUGACUGUACUUAUGGGAGCAAUAUGUGAAACCUGCAGAAUACUUUUUUUUUCGUACAAUUAAUGUGUUUUUUCCAGGUCAGACCGCCAGUUCAGCUCUUCCUCUUGGUAAUGUAAAUGAGAUGCUACUGCUGACUCCAGAAAAGAUGGGAGCCUCACUGGUAGAAUGUGCUUGCAGUUUAGGUGUUGUGCAAUGGUUGUUGCUGGCACUGCCUGCUGUUGAGAACUGCUAUUUUACUUCAACUGCAAACUGGCAAAUGUUCUCAACCAGCCUAUCCAACUCCAAAGUCCGUUAUAGUUCCCAUAUUGCUGAAGUGUUCCCCACAUCCAGCCACUCAAUCCUUUCUUGAGCAUAUUUGUAAAAUCACAGAUUGACUUUGGACAGACUGUCUGCAGUUGUCAUGGACCUCUUGAGGCUAUCAGUUUCUAAUUUUUACCUUAAUAUAAAUGUUGAGUUUGGAGUAUGUAUUUUCAGUAAAAUUGGAUUAUCGAGUGUUGUUUCUUACUGUUUUUACAAUACAAGAAUUGUGCUGAAGUGGAGUUCAUGACUUGAGAGCCAUGCUUUUCCCCACUGUUUGAACACUAUUUGCAAGCUGGGUCUGAGGGGAUCGUACAAUUCGUUUGGUCUUGACUGCGUUUUUAUCACCUGAGGCAGCCAAUUAAAUAUUGGCCAAAACCAUGCCAAUGUUACAAGCUGUUAUCUUCGGGUAAUUGAAACUCAGUUGUGCUUUACAGCGUUCUCUUUGUCAUUCACUAUAUAUGCCCGUUCUGCUACUGCCCACCCACACCCCAUCUAGGCAACGGUGUUUAACAAAGUGAGUAAUGUUAUUUAAGGGAAUGGAUGGGAAAGCAUGCUGUGAUAAGUUUGAUAAGUGAAUAGCAAUAAAAAUAACCAUUCUACAUAAUGCAGCUCCAAUUUUGCACCAGUGUCUGUCUUGGGCUAUGAGUGUGUGUAUUCUGUUGUCCAAUCCCUUGGCUCUCUAUUCCAGGUAGCUUGAUCUGUGUUGAAAAAUCGUACAAAUCCAGCCUGCUUUGUCAUUUUUUUGGUUGGGGGAGAGGGUGAUGCAUAAUGUCUUUCCUUUAUGAUAAAUAUGGGUUCGGUGAUCUGAUUUGAGAGUGGAGCUGUACAGGUAGGGAUGUUUUGUGUGUGUUGUGACAUUUAUAGUAUCACUAGAAUUCUUUGAAACUGCUUUAGUACUUGCUGGCAGUAUCACCAAUCAAGUUUGGGAAGAAUGCCUAAUAUUUAGGUAUUUCUCAGCAAGUGCAGUUUAAAAAAAAGUUAUUUCUUAUUGUGGAAAUUGAGUGAAGCCCACUCCCUAUAGAUUUUCUCUUCCCUUUCAUGGAAAUGCAUCCAUAUUCAGUCAACCACUUCUCUCAGAUUAUAGACAGUAACACUGCUGGGGAGAUGCUAAAUCAUGCAGAACCUGUGAAUGCUCCCACAGCCUAUCACCUUACAUAUUGAACUAUGACUGACUUGAUGCAGGAAAAUAAUUGGGGCAGUAGGAUAUUUAGAGGACAUCAUGCAAUCAGUGGGAAGAAUGGAUACACAUUGUGAGAUGAGAAAUAAAUCAUCAGCUUCUCAUCCAGAGCACUUGAAGCAGGUUUGAAGCUAGCUGUAAUUAAGAUUGGGUUCUCGGAUUUGGUACACAAUGUUGGUUUCCUGUGACCUAGCCACGCAAUGAGUUAUGGAGUUUGCUGUAGUUGGAAUAUUGGAGUUAAAUUUAUAACCAUUAAUUCAGUAAUUUUGAACUGUUACUAGUUACCAGUGGUUAUAAGUGUCACUAUAGCAGCAGUACUGGUUGGUACAGGUCUGUCACUAGAGGGUCUGUCACUGUAUACAGGGUAAAGUGCCAGUGGAUUUGUGCCCUCACUGGGGAGGGGAGCAAGCUGCAUCUAAAAUAGUAAUAUCGCAAAUUUGAUUUGCACAUUGGAGUGCAGUAAAAAGGUUAUUUAUAUGUAAUAUUAGUACAUGUAAGUAGCAUGGAGUAAUUUAUAAAUUCCUCUCACUGGUGAUACUUGAGACUUAGUGGAUAAGUUUCUGGUAAACUAAGGAGUGGCUGUGGUGUCUUUAUUUCCAGUUCUUUGGCUGUCAAAUGUUUAAUGUCAGUGUCAUCUCAAUCCUGACUGACUAGGAGCACCCACAGUCACAACUCCUCUCCUGACCACUAUUAUUCGAGUGCUUCCAUCAUCUGGUAACUUUUGUUUUUUUUAAAUCUAUAACUAACUACCUGAUUCCUUUCUAUACCACAACAAUUAUUUGUAGGUAGUGGUGGUCAGGGCGGGCCGUGUUGAGAAAUUGAGUCAACCAAGGGUGAGGAGUAAAGCUUCUGGGUGUUUGCAGGUCAGAUUCUAUUCGUUCCAAACUGAAGGAGGGUCAGGAUUUUAGUUUAAUUGGUGCAGUAGAAUUCUCACAUUUUAUUCAAUUGACCAAACUGAAUGAUCUGUAGCUACCUAAUGAUAAAUGGGUGGUAAUGCAAAUCCAUUCCUGUGUUAAACAUACAUUGGUUCACAUUGAAACCAAGACUCCUCACUAUGUUGUAGAAUAGAUGAAAUGAUGACAUAAAGCCCCAGCACAUACUGAAAUAACCUCAGGCAGUUUGGCAUAGUAUUGAAGUAAUACUGUGCUCAUUCUUGGCUAGUUGACAUGUUCCCCAUCCUCUUCAGUUUUGAACUGGCUUCUCCAUUUUUGAAUAUGGGAUGAUUGUUCACCUAUGUGAAAACCUGAGGAAAGUAAUGUACAUUUAAAUGGUUUUAUUUGUGUGAGAUUCUGUUUGAUUAAUAUAACCUUUGAAAUUUGCUGACUUUUAGUUUAAAGAAAAGGUGCCUAGUUUUCUUGGUGGGCUCCCAUACUCCUUGAUGACUGUCAUCCUUUGCUUGAGCUGUUGUACAUGUUUAUAGUACCACAUCCUCAGUAAUGAGUCUUUUCACUGUAAGUAUAAUAUCUCUUUACCUGUCUGAUUCUGCUGGACAAAAACAAAAACAGUAUUGUUACGCUAGUCUCUUUUCUACAGCAUAUGCUGUAAACACCUAAGUUAUACCUUCUGUUUGUGGUUGAAGAAAAAGCUGACAACAUUAAAAUGUGUUUUUUUAAGAUCAUGAUUUAAAAAGAAACAAGAUUCUCUUGUAAUAAAAUUAUCAUGGCGUAACCGGAUGAGAAUUCUGUUGUGUGCCCGAUUUACUGAUCUCCAUUAAAUACACAGCGAUUGCCUUCGAGUCCUCGUAUGAUGGAGAAUUUCCAUGUGUGAUUAUGGUUGACUCUGGGUUCACAUUAGGAAUUGGAAGUUAGUUCAGCAGGACUGGCAGCAUCUGUGAGGAGAAAUCAGAGUUAUCAUUUCUGGUCUGACAACCCUUCCUCAGAAACAUUCACUGAUUUCUCUUUGCAGAUGCUGCCAGUCCUGCUGAGUUUUUCCAACAACUUUUGUUUUCAUUUCUGAUUUACAACAUCAGCAGUUCUUUCGGUUUUCAUUUGAAACAGUUGUUAUUCUCUAAAUUGGACUGUAUGUUAUCAUUUACUCAGUUUAUAACUAGCACAUUCGUUCACCUAAUACUGCCUUUUGGUGCCACUUCUCGUAGUCUAUGCCCAAUUAGUGCACAUGCGGACAGCAUUUUUGUUAACAGUUUAUGUUUCACUAUGUCUCUAGUACUGAAGUUCUUUUUGAAUGCUCUUGGAUAACAUUAGCUCAGAUAUGGAUGGUUUGCUUCACUACAGUUGAUAUCAACAUAGGGACAUCAUAAUGACUUGAACAGCGCAAAACACUCUGAUAUAGGUAUAGAUUCUAAUAGUUGUAACUUUGUUUUGAGAGACAUAUGACAUGGGUUAAAAUGUAAAUGGUUACUCCCAUUGAUAGCAAAGGGAAUGAAGAUGGUAGAUUGUGUACUUCUGUUAAUAUAGCUGUUCUUCAGUAUUUUAAAUACAGUUGUGACGAUAUGUUAUAGAAGGCGGCAGUUCUGUAGCUGGUCUAGAAUGAGAUGUGGGCUCAUAGUAAUUGUAUCAAAACUACUUAAUUCUCUCCCUAACCCACACUUCCAAGUUCUCCUUAGCAAUUCCCCCUCCCCAAAAGAGUAGGAGGUAACCUCUGCCAGAGUUUGUCAUCAGUUGCCCUCAGCCAGUUUAUCAGUGCCUGUGGCACAUGGGCUUCUUAUGGAGUUCGUUUCUACACACACAGCUGGGAGUUUUCACCGAUUUAUUCAACAAAUACAAGGUUAGUUUGCAAUUGUGUUUCUUUCUGCAUGGCUUAACUCAUUUUAAUUUUUAAGUGACAUUCAAGGAAGUUCAUAAAAAGAACAGUUACUGUAAACUCUGAACAGAUGGGCUCUAACAGCAUCAGUGAACCCUUGUAUUUUAUAACUGACUGCUGUCAGAUUGAGGUUUUAAUUUCUGGAGUUUGUUUACUCUAUAACUACUCCAUAUAUUACUGGUUCGUCGCUCGAUCCGUACCUUGAUCUAUGAGGUGCUAAUGUGAAGCAUUGCAGACUGGAUAAUGGCCACUUACGCAUUGCUAGUUUCGGGCCCUUGCAUUCAAAGCCUGAUUCUGUGUAUCAAGUUGUCAAUUUGCAUAAUACGUUUUAGAUGCCAGUUAAGUAUCUGCCACGUGUUCCUGGUAUAUGGGAGGAGGGAAACGUGGUCUGGUCUGGUCCCUGUAGUUACACUACAUACCUGGUUCUUGCGAGAGCAGCAUGUGAUACACCAUUGUAUUCAUGUUUUGGGUUGUCACUAUGACAACAUCCGUGUAAUGGAUUUUAGCAAAGUCUGAUGGGAGCAGAUAAAAACUUCAGGAUGUGGUGUUCAAAGUAUAAUUUCUUCACUUCGUUUCAGCAAAGGUCCAUUGUGCUUACAUUGCUAUCUGUCUCUGCUGACCUGGGGUAUUUGCAACUGAAUGUGGGGCUGUAAUUGGUGCUGAAAACCGUUUUAGUGAAUAAAUCAAAUGAGGAUUGUAUGAUAUUGGAUUAAGUGCAAUUUCAUCUUUUGGCACUUUAUUACACAGUCCUCUGUGGAAUGCUCCAGUGUGCUUAAUCAAAGACUCUUUGGGAGAAAAGCCAUCUAAUCUGAGUGUAUCCAGCACCUCCAGGGAAGAUUUAUAAUGUUGACAAGAGGAAGAAUCCAUUCAACCUGUUGUUUACUUGCUUGGAGCCAAUGUACAGUCUUUGUUUUUUUUGUAUAUAGUGCAACCUUUCCUCUGGUAUCUCACCCAAGAGCUCUGUCUCUUGAGCCCAUGUGGGAUGUAUCAGCCGUUGUUCAGCCAAAAGCACAACAGCCGAGCUUUAUUCCAUCCUAGGACUUUCCUGGGAGUACGGUGCUCAGUUAGUGAUCAGCAGGAGAAAUCUGACCCAAGUCUCCCCACCCCCCAAAACCCUCAUGGAACAAAUUAAUUGAAGCCUUUGCUGCGCUGACUGAGAUCAGUUAUUUGUCGAAACUACACACACAGCUUGGCUUAGGCUUAUGUCUCUGACACGUAACAACAGGUUCUUUAUCCACUGGAAGAGGCAAGUAAGUUGCUGUAAUGUAACCCUUGCUUGUUUGCUGCAGGGAUCAUGUUUGGCCAUUAACUCAUUGCUGCCCUAGAUGAUAUGGAUUAAAUGUGUGCUCACUGCAGACAUCCAUUGUUAAACAUUAAUCACACUGGUUUUGAUCUAACAGGCUUUAUUUUGGUGUGCAGUGAUUGUAGUUUUAGGCAGUGUGCGUCAGUGAACGCUGGUCACCUCUGUAUUUAGGGACGCAGUUCUGAAUUCUGUGGCUUAAAGGUAGUGGUUUAGCUGUUGCGUGCUGAUCUUUUUGUUGUUCUGUCCCAUCAGAUUCAAGAUUUGUUGAUCAUGGAGCACAACCUGCGUUUGUUUACUUCAGUUGACAGUAUUUCUAGAUGUAUGUGCCAGUGGGCUGUAUAAAGUAUUAGUUCAUGCUGCUUAGAAAGUGCAAAGCACCGAUUUUAGUUUGAGAAGAGAGAUCCAGUUGUUAAAGGCUGCCAAAGAUUUUUGUUUUGUUCAGUCUGAUUGAAGUCAAUUGGGGUGGAAAGUGGAGCGUAUGGUCAUAAAUUUCAAAAGGGUUGUGCCUCUGUGUGGUUCCUCUGUACACAACUUGUCAAACGUAGACUCUGCAGUAUUUUGUUUGUAACCUAGCUGUCUGGAGAUAGGUAGGUAGGCCACUCAUUGGCCCUCAACUAAACUGUUCACUGCAAACCUGAUUUUCCAGUUCCACCCUGCAGGGACGCAUGGAACUAACAGCUUCAAAAAGCUGUUAAUGUAAAAUUCCACCUUGCACGUUGCCUCUCUCUUUUUUUAAAUUAUUCCAGUCAAUUCAUUAUCUCUGAUAUUUUAUUCUUCUGAAGGUUUGAUGUGGUGUAACUAAGAGCCCACCCACCCCCCUCCCCCCAUCAUUUUAAACUUAUUACCUGGCAGCUUGGUUGAGUGUAGCUGCCAUGUUUUUUUAAAAGUAGUUAGUUCAGAUACUGUACAUCCGGCUGAAGCAGGAAUCUCUCUUUUUUUUAAAUUCCUCAUGUUUUGAUUUUUUUUUUAAAAGAACACAAUGCAUCCUUGGAAUUACACAAGCUGAGCGUGUUUGUGUGGUGUUGUUUUCUCGGUUAUUAACCGAGGAGUUUUGUCCCAGCUUUCGACUGGUCUCCAAGGUGUAAUUUCAAGGCUACUGCAUUUAUUGUUGGAAGGAGAAACCAUCUUAUGUUGAAGAAACAAUUUGUUUUUAAUUUAAAGUUUUCAAAUUUUUGAAUGUCCAUUUACCCUGUAAAUGGCACUUUUAAUAUUUAUAUUGUGCGAUUUUUGUCAGUUUUCUGUUCAUUAAUGAAUACAUAGCUGAGUGCUUUCUUAGAACUGUAGAAUGUUUUUGUUUACA